CAGCGGCAGGAGAGAGCUGGUUCGGCGCGAAGAUGAGAGCCGUGGUGGUGGCCCUCGCCCUGCUCUGCCUGACGGGCACCCAAGCCCGCUACUUCUGGCAGCACGAUGAACCCCAGGCGCCCCUGGAUCGCCUCAAGGACAUGGUGGAAGUGUACCUGGAGACGGUGAAGGCCAGCGGCAAGGAAGCCAUCGCCCAGUUCGAGUCCUCCGCCGUGGGCAAACAGCUGGACCUGAAGCUGGCCGACAACCUGGACACGCUGGGCGCAGCCGCCGCCAAGCUGCGGGAGGACAUGGCCCCCUACUACAAGGAGGUGCGGGAGAUGUGGCUGAAGGACACGGAGGCCCUGCGCCAGGAGCUGACCAAGGACCUGGAGGAGGUGAAGGAGAAGAUCCGGCCUUUCCUGGACCAGUUCUCCACCAAGUGGACGGAGGAGCUGGAGCAGUACCGCCAGCGCCUGGCGCCCGUGGCCCAGGAGCUGAAGGAGCUCACCAAGCAGAAGGUGGAGAUGAUGCAGGAGAAGCUGACGCCGGUGGCCGAGGAGGCGCGGGACCGCCUGCGCGGGCACGUGGAGGAGCUGCGCAAGAACCUGGCGCCCUACAGCGACGAGCUGCGGCAGAAGCUGAGCCAGAAGCUGGAGGAGAUCCGGGAGAAGGGCAUCCCCCAGGCCGCCGAGUACCAGGCCAAGGUGGUGGAGCACCUCGGCAACCUGCGCGAGAAGGUGACGCCCCUGCUGCAGGACUUCAAGGAGCGCCUCACCCCCUACGCCGAGAGCCUCAAGACCCGCUUCAUCACCCUCCUGGACGACCUCCAGAAGAGCGUGGCCUGAGCCGCCGGCCGGCACGGCCAGGGACUGACCCCGGCCCCGCUCCCGCAGCCGCCCCGGGGGGGCUCUGGGGACGGGCUGCGGGAGCCCCGGGCCAGGCCAGCCCCGGGGCGUCCUCCCUGGGGACCCCCCUCCUCCCCUCCCGCCGCCUCCCCUCCCCGAACCGGCGUCAGUCUCAGCUUUGCCUUCCUUUUGUCAAAUAAACACGACUUAAGUUAUUGGA